AUGCAGCUGUGGGACAUGGGAGUUCACAGUUAUGCCGUUUCAAAUGCACCAGCUACAUUUCAGCAAGACAUGGACCUUGUCCUGUCCAGCUUGACGUGGCACCUCCAUGACGUCGACAAGGUGUUUGAGAGGCUGCAUGACGCCAACAUGUUCAUGAAACCCUCCAAGUGCUUCAUGUGCAAGGAGCGGCUACCAUUCCUGGGCCAUAUUGUCUCCAAUGACAGUGUCUCUCCAGACCCCAACAAGACCAAGGCGCUGGAUAAGGUGGAAGCCAACUACGGUGUCACUGAGCUUGAGUUCUUAAGCAAGGCUCAUGUGAAUGUGGACACCAUGUCAUGA